AUGCAAAGCCAUAAGGGGAGCUUUCAUCCUUAUUGUGACUUGUUACGAAAACCAAACCAAUUGUUGAAUGAUUUGGGUUCAGAAGAAACAAAAGAAAUAUUAUAUUUGUGGAAUUUUAUUCAUCAACAACGAGAUAUUUUAGAUAUUGAAAAUGCACCAAAAAUGAAUGAAGACUCAGAUGAGACAGAAGAUGAAAAUGAAAUUAUAAAAAAAGAAGAUAAAAAACGAUUGCACUUAGACACAACAUUUAAAUCUGUGAUGGUAUAUGUUUAUCAUUCAUCAUUUAACUAUAAUUCAUUGGCUAUAAGAUUAUGCUCAUUAAUGUUUUAUCAUUAUUUUAGUUGUUCACAGGAGUGUUCAUUAGAAUAUCCUGUACAAGUGAUGCAAGCAAUUCCUGUGAACCGUUAUACUAUUCCAUUAAUCUUUUAUUUAACAACAUCAAACAAUGAUUUCCUUCAAUAUAAUGAAAUAGGUGAUAUCCCUCAUUUAUUGUUGGUUAAAAACAUUAACGUAUUAAUUAAAGACUAUUUAAUUUCUCCUUUAGGACAACAAACAUCAAAAAAAACUCCUGGAUCAAUUUAUAUGAGAACAAGAGUAUUAGGAUCAGAUCAUAAAGGGUUUGUGUAUUAUUUAUUAAAUGGGUUCUUAAUUUCUAAUGCAAAUGGAAAGUGGUUUAUAUUUCAUUCUUCUGGUCAAAUAGAUGACUUUGUUGAAACCUUAAAUAACGACCAACCAGAUACCGACUUAUCUAUUCAAAUCAAUAACUUUAGAAAAUAUAUUAAAACCGAUAGAAAAGUUGCACAAGAAUUUGCAGUGUCUAAAAAAGGAAUAACUCCAGCAAGUCAUUAUAUUACAUUUUCACCAAUAAAAAAUCAUUGUGAGUUUGAUAAUGAAACAAAAAAUAUGAUACAAAGUGCAAUCAAAGACAUUUGUUGGAUAUUAAUGAAAAUAGAAAAAUUAGCUCAGUUAGAAAGAAUUAAUCAACUUGAUUCAUUCAAACAACUUAAUGAAGUAAAUGUUAUAACUAAUCAAAAUGUACAACAACCUAUGGAAGAAAUAUUUGAAAAUAACCAUUCUGAAAAUAGAAUGGUAGUUGAAGAAGAAAAUAAAACUGAUUCAGGAGAACAAGAAAUGUCAUAUUCAGAAGAAAAUGAUAAACAACAAGAAACAAAGAAAUAUAAUAAAAGUAAUGAUUCCAUUCAAUCUAGUGCUAGUUCAAUUUCAGAAGGUAAUAGUGAAAAUGAAGAAUCAAGCUCUGAACAAGAAGGUGAAAGUAAAGAAAUUAUAACUCCCCCAAGUUCAGGUCCUCUUUCAAAGAAUAAACCAAAAAAACGAGCUAAAAUAAGAAUAGGAAAAGAAAAAUUAAAUAAGAAAAAGCAAGAGUUUUUUGAUAAAGCAUAUUUAAAUGAAAUUCAAACAAUUAACCAAAGUGAAUUAAAUGAAAUGAUUGAUCAAUAUUCUGAACAAUUAGCAUUACUUCCUUUACUAAAUUCUAAAAACUAUAAACAAAUAAUACACCAAGUAAUUGAUAUUAUAUCUACUCUAGUAAGUAUUCUUCCAAAUAAAUAUUUUAGAAGAGAAUAUAUAUUUGUAAGAGAUUUUAUAACUGGACUAUCAACUAAAACCUCUUCACUGUCUUUCUUAAUUGUAACGACAACAUUAUUAGACAAAGCAAUCAUCAAAUGUAAUUGA